GCAGCUUGCAAUUGGGACCUGGGAUAGCGCCCACUACCGGUUUGUGCAAGGUGGUCCGAUCUUGUGUUCGCCAGUGGAGCUGCAUUGCCCUACAUCUGCAACUCUGGCUUUUGGUCAGCUCCUCCCCCAUGUAUGCAGAGAAUAUUUCCAAAAUGGUGGGAAGAGAAAAGCACUUGAGAAAGAUGAAAAAAGAGCUGUACUCACCAUCCGGCCUUAAAACAUGCAUGAUCUUCUACUUGAAGGUCAUUUAACGAACCUCAGCUUUACAAACCCUGAAUUUAUAACUGAGUUGCUACAAGCCUCAGGAAAGAUAAGAUUACUUGAUGUUGGCAGCUGCUUUAACCCAUUUUUGAAGUUUGAAGAAUUUCUGACUGUUGGCAUUGACAUUGUACCUGCUGUAGAGAGUGUAUAUAAGUGUGACUUCCUGAACUUACAACUUCAGCAACCACUCCAGCUUGCACAGGAUGCUAUAGAUGCUUUUCUGAAGCAACUGAAAAACCCUAUUGAUUCUCUUCCUGGAGAACUUUUUCAUGUGGUUGUUUUCUCUCUCCUCCUUUCCUAUUUUCCAUCACCCUACCAACGAUGGAUUUGUUGCAAGAAAGCCCAUGAACUGUUAGUGUUAAAUGGUUUGCUACUUAUCAUCACUCCUGAUUCCUCCCAUCAGAACCGUCAUGCUAUGAUGAUGAAAAGCUGGAAGAUAGCUAUAGAGUCCCUGGGCUUUAAACGCUUCAAGUAUUCAAAAUUUUCUCAUAUGCAUCUGAUGGCUUUUAGGAAAAUCUCCCUAAAAACCACAAGUGACUUGGUUAGCAGGAACUAUCCAGGGAUGUUAUAUAUUCCUCAAGAUUUCAACAGUAUUGAAGAUGAGGAAUAUUCUAACCCUUCCUGCUAUGUCCGAUCGGAUUUAGAAGAUGAACAACUGGCAUAUGGUUUCACAGAGCUCCCGGAUGCUCCAUACGACUCAGAUUCUGGAGAAAGUCAAACCAGCUCCAUUCCCUUCUAUGAGCUAGAAGAUCCCAUAUUACUUUUAAGUUAAUAUAAAAGCAAGGGCCCUUCAGUCUAGACUCCAAACAUAAUUGCUUACACUAAUCAGAAAUACUAACAUGAACUCAGUACUUAAAACCUGGUUUGCAUAGAAGAAAUGCACAGGUUUACAGAGUUUGCUAUUUUUUUCUACUUCUGGAUUUUAAAAUUUAUUCUUAUAUAGAAAGCUUAAAGUUUCAUGCAGAGUGAGUUCUGUCAUAGCAGAAAUCACUGUACUUUAGCAUUUCGCACUAAGAUAUAGAAAGGUACCUUUUUUCUCUUUAGUGCUAUUGUGAAAAAUGAAGCGUAAUUUGCUAUAUAUUUUCCUUUCUUCAGUUGUUCAAUGUUGACUUUAAACCAUUGCAGUGAGAAACUUUAAGAUACGUAGAAAGCUGUAGAUUGCACUUUGAUGACUCACAAGUUAAAAAUGACACAGAGAUAGGUUGGUUUAGUUGUUUUGUGAUGCACUUAUGUUUUCCUUUCUUCUAACUAAAUUGUUACCUGUUACAGAAAGACAUUUUCUAUUCAGUUUCAUCUGAUGAUCCAUUAUAUCCUGAGCUUUUUGAAAUUGGUGAUAACUCUAUCUUUUUUCUUCUAUUAAGCUCAUUUGGCAGCACCAGACAUCGGGAGAGUGAUUCCCCCAAAGUAUGUAUUCUAUUUUCAUUAGCAUAAUACAGUAAACACCGUUGCCAAAGUAGUAUUUUUAUAACUUUCUUGUUGUUUUAGGCCUUGGUGUUAGACUAUAUAUUUAUCUGUGAGAGUUCACUUUUACUUUUUUUUAAAAUUUAGGUUUCAUUUACAGAACUUUCUAUUUAAGCAAGGAACAAUACUCAAUUCUGACUAAAAAUACUUUAGAGAAAGGGUUUGCACUUGUAAGAAAGUUUAUGUUCUAUUGAGACCACCAUUCCAACUUUCCAUUAAGGAGGUGCUGCACUACAGGUUUGGAAUUAUAUUAAAAAUGUAAAAUUAACCCUCUACUGGUAAUCUCAGAAAAUGGUUCCUAAUUUCUUUGUUAACCCUACCAGAAAAUUUUCUUUGAAGAAGAUAUCAUUAGUUGGCUGUGGGAAUUCUCCCUUUCCACAUUGAUAAAUGCCUUUCUGUGUUUCUGAAUCAGAAGCAAAUGAUUAAGGAGAAAUAUAGUCCAAAUAAGACAAGUUUAAACAGCUAACAACAUUUAGUACAUACUGUCUUGUCAGCCAGCAAUUGUCAUGUAAACUAUCAUUUUUAAGAGUGCCACUGUGUGGAUUUUUUUUCAAGUGGUUAUUACAUUAAAAUUACCUCAUACUGAGGUUUUUGCACUGAAUAUCACAGUUUCAGAUUUCAUGGUUAGUAUUGUGUGUGUGUGUGUGUAUUUUUAAAGAAAAUUUGCAUUUUCGAUAGUUGAUCCUCAAUUUCAUAAACUGCACUUCUUUACUCUGGUAAAACUGAGGUUUUUGUGCUUAUUGUGAAUUACUAUAGUUACAGGUCAGAUUUUAUUUAGGAGUACAAAACUUAUCCUUUGAGAUAUAAAUCAUUGUGUGUACCCAGUAUUUCAAAGUAAAUUUCACAUGCUAAAUUAAUGAAAAUAACAAGAUUGUAAUUAACCUAAAAAAAGGUCAGUUGACUAAAUGCAAUAAAUAAUUGUUGCUCAAAUAUGCCAUAUGUAACCUGAAAUUUUUCACUUACUUUCAAUAGCAUAUAAUUCCUUAAUAAUUAGGAUUGACUUUUCUUUUAGUUAAGUACUGCAGCAUUGUGUUUUAUAGCUCCCACAAAAGAGAAAAGGAAAAAAAAUUAAGAAGUAUUGUGUUCAGAGUAAUAUAGAACUGUAUUCUGGUAGUACCCUUUUUUUCAUACCGUUUGUUUUGCUUGGUUUUGCUAAAUCCAGUCCUGAGAGCAAAGAAAAUAAUACACCAAAUGAAAAUGCUUUGAAAGUAAAUGGAAAACAGUGCUUUUGAAAGGCUGGUCAGAGUUUGACCUUUGAGACAGCUUUUGUGUUACAUCUAAAAUGUUGGUGCUAUAAAUUCAUCUGAUUGUUUACAGAUGUUGAUUCUGCUUAUACUCCAAAAUGUGCAUGAUGUAUUUUAAGUAGUACUUUAAAGAAGAAUCUCUUUAUAAAGCUUAAUACCACUUAGUAUAAAUUUGUUUGAAUUUAUAUCAUUUGUUACUGUAAAUUCAGUUUAUUCAGAUUAAGUUGGCACAGGAUUUAAACCAAGUCAUAUUCCACCAAGGCCAAUUCAGAGUAUAAAUGUGGAAACGUAACCAGUCAUUGUGGUGUGGCACCAGAUUACAUAUAUGUUACAACAAAUGACAUUAAUAGGGCCUUCCAAUACUGUAUGGGUACUCUUCAGAAUUAUUUCAUUUUGAUAUAAGGAAGUUAAGGGACCUCCCAUCAUGUUCACAGCAAUUUCUCCAAAAUAAUUUGGUGUUUUAGAAACAAAUGAUAAUCAUGUGGCUGGAUUCUUCAGGAUCAUGAACAGAUCAUGUGGUUUUACUAUAGUUGCCAAGUGGUGGGAAGUAGAGUACCUGAAAAUGUAUGUUUGUGUUUGUUGUAUUUUUUCACAUUUUGUGAGCA